AUGUCUCCGAAAUCUUCUCUGCCCGACCCUGCCCCCUUCCCUCUGUCUUCCAAAAUAGAUCCAUGGAUACAAACGAAUCUCGUCGAGAAUAUCUUCGAUGGCAACCUGACCCUCUUACAAGAUGCCGUGAACGCAGCAACUGCUCACGGUAUUCCUCAGUUGAGAGAUUGGGGCAUCAAGGACGCUGAUACCUUCCUCCGAUUCCUCAGUGCCAUGCUGAACUGGGUGCCCUCGGAAGUCUGCAGCGGAAAGCUCAUCUACAACACGUUCUGCGUACUCUACUUUGUCCUCGACCAGAGCCCCAUCAACCUGAAGCCUCAUCGUAGCUACAACUCGCCAUAUGCCCAAGCGAAGCAGAAGGCGGGUGAUGGAGAGAACAGCACUCUAAGUAUGCCCGAUGAGGCCGGGUACCAAUUCCUCCAAGCCCGAGGUUGUGUCAUCAUCAAGAAUCCCCUUCUCGGCUACGUCGCUGUGCUGCCCAUCGGUAUGGCCCAGGUUUCCUCGGUCAAUCUUGUGUGGCAGCCUGGACCGGGACAGCAAUACCCAAUCCAGCCGAAUGUGAACAUCAACAAGGGCGACGAGAUAUCUCACUUCGAGUUUGGAGGUUCCGACAUCAUCCUUGUGUUCCAGCAGGACGCCCAGGUUCACAUUCUAGGUGCCCAAGGUCAGGCUGCGGAUGGCACGCCUACGAGCAAGCAGAAGUACCUGGUUGGCAUGCCCUUGGGUUAUUCGACAAAGGGCCUCGUUCCUUCUUCGAAUGGUCACAGAAAUGGAGUAUCCAAUGGGCAUUGA